AAGAUGGCGGCGUCGGUGGCAGCUGCAGCGGCGCGGCUGCGGCGGGCCAUUCGAAGGUCGUCUCCAUGGCCGGGGCCCAGCCGGCAGCCGCUGUCAACCGAGCCCCCUCCAGCCCGCGGAUCGGCUGUGAGAGACGCCUUCCUGAGCUUCUUCCGGGAUCGCCAUGGCCACCGGCUCGUGCCCUCCGCUUCCGUGAGGCCCCGCGGCGACCCCAGUCUGCUCUUCGUCAACGCCGGCAUGAACCAGUUCAAGCCCAUCUUCCUGGGCACCGUGGACCCACGAAGUGAGAUGGCAAGCUUCCGUCGGGUGGCCAACAGCCAGAAGUGCGUGAGGGCUGGAGGGCGCCACAAUGACCUGGAGGAUGUGGGUCAGGACCUCUCCCAUCAUACCUUCUUUGAGAUGCUUGGCAAUUGGGCCUUUGGGGGUGAAUAUUUUAAGGAGGAGGCUUGCAGCAUGGCCUGGGAACUACUGACUCAGGUCUACAGGAUCCCUAAGGACAGGCUGUGGGUCUCCUACUUUGGUGGUGACCCCAAGACGGGGCUGGAUCCAGACCUGGAGAGCAGAGACAUUUGGCUUAGCUUGGGGGUCCCUGCCAGCCGUGUGCUUGCCUUUGGACCACAAGAGAACUUCUGGGAGAUGGGUGACACUGGCCCUUGUGGGCCCUGUACCGAGAUCCACUAUGACCUGGCUGGUGGGGCGGGAGCCCCCCAGCUGGUGGAGCUUUGGAAUCUGGUCUUCAUGCAACACAACAGAGAGGCGGACGGAAGCCUGCAGCCGCUGCCCCAAUGGCAUGUGGACACGGGAAUGGGCCUGGAAAGGCUGGUGGCUGUGCUACAGGGCAAACACUCCACCUACGACACUGACCUCUUCUCCCCACUGCUCAGUGCCAUACAGCAGGGCUGUGGGGCACCCCCUUACUCUGGCCGGGUAGGGGCAGCAGAUGCAGGACGCGUAGACACAGCCUACCGCGUGGUAGCCGAUCACAUCCGCACGCUCUGCGUCUGCAUCGCUGAUGGCAUUUCCCCCGGAAUGACAGGUGCCCCGCUGGUCCUCCGUCAGAUUCUACGCCGAGCUGUGCGCUUCUCCAUGGAGAUCCUGAGGGCGCCACCUGGCUUCCUUGGCAGCCUGGUGCCAGUGGUGGUAGAGUCCUUGGGAGCAGCUUAUCCAGAACUGCAGAAACACUCAGCCCAGAUAACCAGCCUCGUGUCUGAGGAUGAGGCUGCCUUCCUGGCCUCCCUACAGCGGGGACGGCGCAUCAUCGAUCGCACGCUCAGGCGCCUGGGGCCUUCGGAUUUAUUUCCUGCGGAAGUGGCUUGGUCGCUGUCACUGUCUGGGAACCUGGGGCUCCCCCUGGAUCUGGUGGAGUUGAUGCUGAAGGAGGAAGGGGUACGGCUGGACACUGCAGGACUGGAGCGGCUAGCCCAGGAGGAGGCCCAGCACCGAGCCCAGCAUGCCGAGCCAGUUCAGGAGCAGAGACUGCGCCUCGACGUGCAUGCGCUGGGGGAGCUCCGGCGCCGAGGGGUACCCCCAACUGAUGACACCCCUAAGUACAACUACUGUCUGCAUCCCAGCGGGGAUUAUGAGUUUAGCCUCUGUGAGGCCCAGGUGUUACAGCUUUAUUCAGAGGACGGGACAGCUGUAGCCUCCGUGGAGGCAGGACAACGCUGUGGCCUCCUCUUGGACAGGACCAGCUUCUAUGCUGAACAGGGGGGUCAGGCCUCAGACCGUGGCUACUUGGUACGAGCAGGGCAGCCGGACGUGCUGUUUCCUGUGGCCAGGGCUCAGGUCUGUGGAGGUUUCAUCCUGCAUGAAGUGAUGGCCCCCGAGCAGCUUCGGGUGGGGGACCAGUUGCAGCUGCAUGUGGAUAAGGCCUGGCGUCUGGGCUGCAUGGAGAAGCACACGGCCGCCCAUCUGCUGAACUGGGCGCUGCGGCAGACUCUGGGCCCCGGCACCGAGCAAAGGGGAUCCUACCUCAACCCCGAGCGACUGCGCUUUGAUGUGGCUACCCAGGCUGCACUGACCUCAGAGCAGCUGCAGAUGGUGGAGAGCUCUGUGCAGGAGGUUGUGAGGAAAAAUGAGGCUGUGUUCACGGAGGAGGUACCCCUGGCACUCACUGCCCACGUCCCUGGACUGCGCUGUCUGGACGAGGUGUACCCAGACCCCGUGCGGGUGGUGUCAGUGGGGGUGCCCGUGGCCCAGGCCCUGGCGCCAGCCUCCCAGGCUGCGCUGCAGACCUCCGUGGAACUCUGCUGCGGGACGCACCUGCUGCGCACAGGAGCCAUAGGAGACCUGGUGAUCGUCGGAGAGCGGCAGCUGGCCAAGGGUACCACCCGCCUGCUGGCCGUCACUGGGGAGCAGGCCCAGCAGGCCCGAGAGGUGGGCCAGAGCCUGGCCCAGGAUGUGAAAGCUGCCAAAGAGCGGCUGACUCGGGGCAGCCAGGACCUGGCAGAAGCGCAGCGGCUCUCCAAGGACAUAGGACGACUCACCGAGGUCAUCGACACUGCUGUGAUGCCCCAGUGGCAGCGGCGGGAGCUGCAGAGCACACUGAAGACACUUCAGCGCCGUGCCAACACUGCCAUCCGGAAGCUGGAGAAGGGCCAGGCUGCGGAGAAGUCCCACGAGCUGCUGAGGCGGCACGAGAAGCAGCCUCUGAUAGUGGACACCGUCCCCGCCGAGUCCCUCUCGGUGCUGGUCAAGGUGGUCCGGAGGCUGUGCGAGCUGUCCCCCAGCUCCUCUGUGCUCCUGCUCAGCCCCCAGCCCUCCGGCAGCGUGCUGUGUGCCUGCCAGGUGGCCCAGGGUGCCACGCCUGCCUUCACCGCCGAGGCCUGGGCACUGGCUGUGUGCAGCCCUAUGGGGGGCAAGGCCUGGGGCUCCCAGGUAGUAGCCCAGGGCACUGGAAGUACUGCUGACCUGGAGGCUGCCCUCAGGAGAGCUCGAGCGUAUGCCCUCAACCAGCUCUGACCCCGGCCCACCUGGGAUACAUGUGAACAAAAGUCAUGCACCCAGCACCCUGAGGGGGCCUGGAGCAGAGGACCCGGGGGCACAGGGAGGCAUGGACGAGGGCAAGCAGAAGUGGACCGAGCAAGACCCCCCCCAAAUGUGAAGACAGGCUACUGGGAUAGCCCAGGACCAAGCACUUCCCAGAGGACAGAUGCGCUGCAGGGUUUCUCUGCUGAAAAUAACCCGGGAAUGUCGCUCAGCGGGUCGAAUGCCUAGCAUGCCCCAAGCCCUGGGUACCUAAUAAACCAGGUGUGGUGACAUGAGCCUGUAAUCCCAGCCCAGGUAGGUGAAGGCCAGAGGAACAGAAGUUCAAGGUCAUGUGCAACUCCAUAGGAGUUAAAGGGCAGCCUGGCCUCCGUGAGACCUUGCCAAAAAAGAAAGAGUGGCCUUUCCCAAACUCAGCAUGGCAUGGGCGCCCUUAUCACUAGUCUGGUGGAAAGGCACCCAGGAUCCCAAUCUGGCCCAUCCCAUGACCAGAGUGCCCAGAUGGGUUCUGCAUGCUGGGCAUGGCCAGGCAUCCAUGAAGGGUCCACCACAUACCAAGACUCCAAAUUUUCAUUUCUUUUUUUUUUUGUUUGUUUUUGUUUUCG